GCCACGAUGAUCCAGAAUGUUGGAAGUCACCUGCGGAGGGGCCUGGCCUCUGUGUUCUCAGGCCGCAUGUCCAGGAAAUCACGUGCGAGGGACAACGACGGCACCAUGGCAGACGGCGAGGGGUACCGGAACCCCACGGAGGUGCAGAUGAGCCAGCUGGUGCUGCCCUGCCACACCAACCAGCGCGGAGAGCUGAGCAUUGGGCAGCUGCUCAAGUGGAUCGACACCACGGCCUGCCUGUCCGCGGAGAGGCACGCUGGCUGCCCCUGCGUCACUGCCUCCAUGGACGACAUCUAUUUUGAGCACACCAUUAGUGUUGGACAAGUGGUGAAUAUCAAGGCCAAGGUGAACCGGGCCUUCAACUCCAGCAUGGAGGUGGGCAUCCAGGUGACCUCCGAGGACCUGUGCUCUGAGAAGCAGUGGAAUGUGUGCAAGGCCUUGGCCACCUUUGUGGCUCACCGGGAGAUCACGAAGGUGAAGCUGAAGCAGAUCACUCCACGGACAGAGGAGGAGAAGACGGAGCACAGUGUGGCCGCUGAGCGCCGGCGCAUGCGCCUGGUCUACGCAGACACCAUCAAGGAUCUCCUGGCCAACUGUGCCAUUCAGGACGAUCUGGAGAGCAGAGACUGCAGCUCCAUGGUGCCAGCAGAGAAGACUCGAGUGGAGAGUGUGGAGCUGGUGCUGCCCCCUCACGCCAAUCACCAGGGCAACACGUUUGGGGGCCAGAUCAUGGCGUGGAUGGAGAACGUGGCCACCAUCGCAGCCAGCCGGCUCUGCCGAGCCCACCCCACAUUGAAGGCCAUCGAGAUGUUCCACUUCCGAGGCCCGUCCCAGGUCGGAGACCGUCUGGUGCUCAAGGCCAUUGUGAACAACGCCUUCAAACACAGCAUGGAGGUGGGCGUGUGCGUGGAGGCCUAUCGCCAGGAGGCUGAGACCCACCCGAGGCACAUCAACAGCGCCUUCAUGACCUUUGUGGUCCUGGAUGAAGAUGACCAGCCCCAGUUGCUUCCCUGGAUUCGGCCCCAGCCUGGGGAUGGUGAGCGGAGGUACCGAGAGGCCAGUGCCAGGAAGAAGAUCCGCCUGGACAGGAAGUACAUCGUGUCCUGUAAGCAGACAGAGGUGCCCCUCUCUGUCCCCUGGGACCCGAGCAACCAGGUGUACUUGAGCUACAACAACGUCUCCUCCCUGAAGAUGCUGGUGGCCAAGGACAACUGGGUGCUGUCCUCGGAGAUCAGUCAGGUCCGCCUGUACACUCUGGAGGAUGACAAGUUCCUCUCCUUCCACCUGGAGAUGAUGGUGCACGUGGAUGCUGCCCAGGCCUUCCAGCUGCUCUCAGACCUGUCUCAGAGGCCAGGGUGGGACAAGCAUUACCGGAGCGUGGAGCUGGUGCAGCAGGUGGACGAGGAUGAUGCCAUCUACCAUGUCAUCAGCCCUGCCCUGGGUGACGACACCAAGCCCCAGGACUUCGUGAUCCUGGCCUCUCGGAGAAAGCCUUGUGACAACGGGGACCCCUAUGUCAUUGCUCUGAGGUCAGUCACACUGCCUACUCACCGAGAGACCCCAGAAUACAGACGCGGGGAGACACUCUGCUCAGGCUUCUGCCUCUGGCGCGAGGGGGACCAGCUGACCAAGGUGUCCUACUACAACCAGGCCACCCCAGGCUACAUCAACUACGUGACCACCAAUGUGGCCGGCCUCUCCUCGGAGUUCUACACCACCUUCAAGGCUUGUGAACAGUUCCUCUUGGACAACUGGAAUGAUCUGGCCCCCAGCCUCCAGACCCUGUAGGACCCUCACAGCACGCCCAGCCAACUCUAUCCUGCCUCCAAGGACUACACGCAGUGUGUGGAGAA